UUCUGUUACCACCUUCCAAACCAACCUCCACCACCCUUCACCGUAUAGUUUCCGAUUUCCCACCGCCAGCCGCCGCCACCACCACCACCAUAAAUACUUCCUACUUAAUUAUUACUCUCUUUUCUUUCUCUCUUCUAUCUUCUCAACCUCAAACCCUAAACAUAACAAUUUCCCUUUAAUACAUAGUAACAUUUUUUUUUAUUGUAUAGUUUAUUUCGAACUUAGGAGCUGUAUCAUAUAUAUAAACACACCCCAUUUCAUUAUAUAUACUCUUUUUUUUUUCUCGUAAUAAGAUACAUGCAUGCAUGCAUAGAUUGAUAUCUACCUCGUGGACGUAAGUUUGGCCUAUGGAGAGAAAAUUGAAGGAAGCACAUAUCAAGAGGGAGAAGUUGAACAAAUUUGUUUAGCUUGCUACUUUAGGAAGGAAUUUGGAGCUUGAUGGAGGGUAUGUCAAGCGCAAAUGAUCAUGCAACCAAUGGUGAAAGUGGGUUGCUAACAAUGUUUGGUGGCAAUGGUGGCGGUGGCAGUGACAACGGUGGCGGCGGUGAGGGUGGUGGCAAUGCUGAGGAGAUGACUCUGAAGAAGGGUCCUUGGACAACCGCUGAGGAUGCUAUUCUCAUAGAUUAUGUGACAAAGCAUGGUGAAGGGAAUUGGAAUGCAUUGCAAAGGAACACAGGGUUGAAUAGAUGUGGGAAGAGUUGUAGGCUCAGGUGGGCCAAUCAUUUGAGGCCCAAUUUGAAGAAGGGUGCCUUCUCCCCUGAGGAAGAGAAACUCAUUGUUGAACUUCAUUCACAAUUUGGCAACAAAUGGGCUCGAAUGGCUGCUUUGUUGCCUGGGAGAACCGACAAUGAAAUCAAGAACUAUUGGAACACAAGAAUCAAGCGACGCCAAAGGCAAGGUCUCCCUCUCUAUUCAGAUGACCAUGAUCACCAUCGUUCCACAACACCAACCACUACCCCAAUGCUCACCCCAACAGACUUAAACCCUAACAACACUAGCACAAACUAUGAGUUUUUCAACCAACACCACCAAUACCAACACCAACAACACCCUUUAUCUCCAACUACACACCACCAUUCCCCUCUAACAUCACCCCUCCAACACAGACCCUUCAACUCUUCUUCCCCUCACACAUUCUUAGACCGUUCACCUCUUCCACUCUCUUCCUUCACCUUCCAAAGACCAGCACCAAUGUUAUGCACCCCUCUUCGCUUCAAGCGCUAUCGAGCCUCUCCAAAUAGCUACAACUUCAUCAACCCUUCUUCUUCUUCACUCCCUGAUGACUCUCAUGUGGCCACCCAAUUCCCCCACCUUGAUGGAUUCAAGUUUCCUACAGUUCAAGGCUUUUCUCAAUUUUUUCAACCCUCUUUGUUUGACACCGAUCAAGGGGUUUCUUCUUCCUCCUCAGUUUUCCAACCCAAGUUGGAGCUCCCUUCAAACCAGUUCUAUAAACCACCCCAAGAGCAAGAGCUUAAGCUUGACCUUGAUUUCAAUGAUCCUUCCUUUCAGAGCAGUAGUGGCUUGUUGGGGGAUCUUCUCUUGGAGGCUCAAUCACUAGCUUCAGGCCAUAACUCGAAGAAACGAGGUUACUUGAGUUUGAAUGAGGGAAAUGAUGUGUUUGAUGCAUGCCAAAGCUUUGAGGACUUUCCACCCGACUCUCUUUUCUGGUCUUCCACCUCUACUUCGAAUUCAGUACCAAAACUAAAGGACGAAGCACCAGACCUUAGCAAAUUCACGAAUGAGGACUUGUCAUCAUUGCUUACAGUAAUUCCAUCUUCCAAUAUGCAGGGUCAUGAGUGGCACAAUAAUAAUAGUGCCCCAGAAGGGUCCAACGUUCAUUCCUCUGGUAGUGGCAUGACAGAUGACAACUUUGGACUUGAUAUCAAACCCAUAGCUUCGUUGUUUCCUCUCACCAACACCACAAACCAUAAUGAAAACCAAGGAUGCUACUCUUGGGACAAUUUACCUGGUCUCUGCUAAGGUUGAUCCAGAUUGAAAUGGCUUGAAAGUUGUGUAUACCAAGAUAAUUUUGGAAGCAAUUUAUAAUGUUAAUGAAGUUUCGUGUUUGAUGCAAAUUAUAUCUAUUGUUGUUUGAAAAAGUAGAGUGGUCAUUAAUUUUGUCAAUAUAUAUAACUUGGGAUGUAUUUGGUAUGA